GCAACACUGUAAUGAAAGUGAAAAUAAGCAUUUUAAAGAAAGAAGAUAAGAAAAGGACAAUUCUCCAUUCCUAUAGAAAGAAAUGGAUACUUGUCUUUUCCAAAAGACAGAAGGUUGUUGGGUGCUGAACAUGGACAACUGAAAGAAAAAUGAAUGAAGCUCCACCUUUCAGGUACUCUGCCAUCAAUGUUUUGUUCUCACGCCAAAUUCCUGGACUAUAAAAAUCUGCCUAUAAGCCAAGAAAAAACACUUCCCUCAAAGGAUUUUCAAGUUACCACUUCAUGGCAAGAUGGAAAUAAAAAAGGGGAGGUCAUUUUGGAUCUUCUGCCUCAUUUGGAGUUUUUGCAAGGGGAAAGAACCAGUUCAGAUAGUCCAGGUCUCCACUGUUGGUAGGAGCGAGUGUACCACCUGGGGCAAUUUCCACUUUCAUACAUUUGACCACGUUAAAUUCACUUUUCCUGGAACCUGCACAUACGUCUUUGCUUCUCACUGCAAUGACAGCUACCAGGACUUCAACAUCAAAAUCAGACGCAGUGACAAAAACAGUCACCUGAUCUACUUCACUGUCACUACUGAUGGAGUGAUCUUGGAGGUAAAAGAGACAGGCAUCACAGUGAAUGGGAACCAGAUCCCUCUGCCCUUCAGCUUGAAGAGCGUCCUGAUUGAGGACACCUGUACUUACUUCCAAGUCACUUCCAAGCUGGGUCUGAUGCUGAAGUGGAACUGGGCUGACACUCUCCUACUGGACCUGGAAGAAACAUAUAAAGAGAAAAUAUGCGGUCUAUGUGGGAACUAUGAUGGCAAUAAGAAGAAUGAUUUAAUUUUGGAUGGAUAUAAAAUGCACCCAAGGCAGUUUGGGAACUUUCACAAAGUUGAGGAUCCAUCAGAAAAGUGUCCUGAUGUGAGGCCAGAUGACCACACUGGAAGACAUCCUACAGAAGAUGACAAUCGAUGCAGUAAAUAUAAAAAAAUGUGCAAGAAACUUCUGUCUCGAUUUGGAAACUGCCCCAAAGUGGUUGCUUUUGAUGAUUAUGUAGCUACCUGCACUGAGGAUAUGUGCAACUGUGUGGUUAAUUCUUCUUAUUCUGAUUUGGUUUCCAGCUGCAUAUGCAGCACUUUAAACCAAUACUCUCGAGACUGUGUCCUCAGCAAGGGAGACCCUGGGGAAUGGAGAACCAAAGAGCUUUGCUAUCAGGAAUGCCCAAGCAACAUGGAGUACAUGGAAUGUGGAAACUCCUGUGCUGACACCUGCACUGACCCAGAAAGGAGCAAGAUAUGCAAAGCCCCAUGUACAGAUGGUUGCUUCUGUCCCCCUGGAACUAUCCUUGAUGACCUCGGUGGCAAAAAAUGUGUUCCCAGAGACAGCUGUCCCUGUAUGUUUCAAGGCAAAGUCUACUCAUCUGGAGGGACUUACUCCACUCCUUGCCAAAACUGUACGUGCAAAGGGGGCCACUGGAGCUGUAUCUCUCUGCCUUGUUCUGGAAGCUGCAGUAUAGAUGGAGGAUUCCACAUAACAACAUUUGAUAAUAAGAGGUUCAGUUUUCAUGGUAACUGCCAUUACGUCUUAGCUAAGAACACCGAUGACACAUUUGUGGUGAUUGGAGAGAUCAUCCAGUGUGGGACAUCAAAGACAAUGACUUGCUUAAAGAAUGUCUUAGUCACACUAGGAAGAACAACUAUAAAAAUCUGUUCCUGUGGAAAUAUCUACAUGAACAAUUUCAUUGUGAAACUUCCAGUAAGCAAAGAUGGCAUCACCAUCUUCAGACCCUCAACAUUUUUCAUCAAAAUCUUGAGCACAGCUGGAAUACAGUUUCAAGUGCAAAUGAAACCUGUGAUGCAGCUCUCCAUAACAGUUGAUCAUUCUUAUCAGAAUCGCACAUCUGGUCUUUGCGGCAAUUUCAAUAACAUCCAGACUGACGAUUUCAGAACAGCCACUGGAGCUGUAGAAGAUUCAGCUGCCGCUUUUGGUAAUUCUUGGAAAACCAGAGCCAGCUGUUUUGAUGUCGAGGACAGCUUUGAAGAUCCUUGUUCAAACAGCGUGGAUAAAGAAAAAUUUGCCCAACAUUGGUGCGCUCUUCUGUCUAAUACAAGCAGUACAUUUGCUGCCUGCCAUUCUGUUGUUGACCCUUCUGUGUAUAUCAAGAGAUGUAUGUACGACACCUGUAAUGCUGAGAAGAGUGAAGUUGCACUGUGUAGUGUGCUCUCUACUUACUCCAGAGACUGUGCUGCAGCAGGCAUGACCCUUAAGGGCUGGAGGCAGGGGAUCUGUGAUCCCUCAGAGGAGUGUCCUGAGACUAUGGUUUAUAACUAUAGCGUGAAGUACUGCAACCAGUCUUGCCGCUCGCUUGAUGAAGCUGAUCCGCUGUGUAAAGUUCAGAUUGCUCCUAUGGAGGGCUGUGGUUGCCCUGAAGGGACCUACCUCAAUGAUGAGGAGGAAUGUGUGACUCCCGAUGACUGUCCCUGCUACUACAAAGGCAAGAUUGUUCAGCCUGGCAACUCUUUUCAGGAAGACAAGCUGUUGUGCAAGUGCAUUCAAGGAAGAUUAGACUGCAUUGGAGAAACUGUCCUGGUAAAAGAUUGCCCAGCUCCUAUGUACUACUUCAACUGCAGCUCGGCGGGUCCUGGUGCCAUUGGAUCAGAGUGUCAGAAGAGCUGUAAGACGCAGGACAUGCACUGUUACGUCACAGAAUGUGUCUCUGGCUGCAUGUGUCCCGAUGGGCUGGUGUUGGAUGGCAAUGGGAGAUGUAUUCCCAAGGACCAAUGCCCAUGUGUCCAUGGAGGGCACUUUUAUAAACCUGGUGAAACCAUCAGAGUUGACUGCAACACAUGCACCUGUAACAAAAGGCAGUGGAACUGCACAGACAAUCCCUGCAAAGGAACCUGCACUGUGUAUGGCAACGGGCACUACAUGAGCUUUGAUGGGGAGAAGUUUGAUUUCCUGGGAGACUGUGACUAUAUCCUAGCUCAGGAUUUUUGUCCCAGUAACAUGAAUGCUGGCACCUUCCGAAUUGUAAUUCAGAACAAUGCCUGUGGGAAGUCACUCUCCAUCUGCUCCCUAAAGAUCACACUGAUUUUUGAGAGCAGUGAAAUCAGGCUUUUAGAAGGACGAAUUCAGGAGAUAGCCACUGAUCCAGGAGCUGAGAAGAAUUAUAAGGUGGAUCUCAGAGGAGGUUAUAUUGUGAUUGAAACAACUCAAGGGAUGAGCUUCAUGUGGGACCAGAAGACAACAGUUAUUGUUCAUGUGACACCAUCUUUCCAGGGAAAAGUCUGUGGCCUUUGUGGGGACUUUGAUGGCCGCUCAAGGAAUGACUUCACAACCAGAGGGCAGUCUGUGGAGAUGAGCAUUCAGGAGUUUGGAAACAGCUGGAAAAUAACAAGCACCUGCUCCAAUAUCAACAUGACGGACCUGUGUGCUGAUCAGCCUUUCAAAUCUGCCUUGGGACAGAAGCACUGCAGCAUCAUUAAGAGUAGUGUCUUUGAAGCGUGCCACAGUAAGGUGAAUCCAAUACCGUAUUAUGAAUCUUGUGUUUCUGACUUCUGUGGCUGUGACAGUGUGGGAGACUGUGAGUGCUUUUGUACCUCGGUGGCUGCUUAUGCAAGAAGCUGUAGCACAGCUGGUGUCUGUAUCAACUGGAGAACGCCAGCCAUCUGCCCUGUGUUCUGUGAUUACUACAAUCCACCUGACAAACAUGAGUGGUUCUAUAAACCCUGUGGAGCACCUUGUCUAAAAACCUGCAGGAACCCCCAAGGAAAAUGUGGAAACAUACUGUACAGUUUAGAAGGCUGUUACCCGGAAUGCAGCCCUGACAAGCCGUAUUUUGAUGAGGAGAGGAGGGAGUGCAUCUCCCUCCCUGACUGCACUUCAUGCAAUCCUGAAGAGAAGCUGUGUACUGAAGAUUCCAAAGAUUGCCUUUGUUGCUACAAUGGGAAGACCUACUCAUUAAAUGAAACUAUAUACAGCCAGACCGAUGGGACUAAGUGUGGUAAUGCUUUCUGUGGCCCUAACGGAGUGAUCAUUAAAACAUUCAUCCCCUGCAGUACACCAUUUGCACCAGCACAAGAACAACUUAUGCAACCUGUAACAUCCACACCGUUAUCAACAGCAGUCACUCCCUGUUUCUGCACUGACAAUGGACAAUUGAUACAAAUGGGAGAAAAUGUUUCUCUGCCAAUGAAUAUAUCAGGUCAUUGUGCUUACUCCAUUUGCAAUGCAUCAUGCCAGAUUGAAUUAAUCUGGGCAGAGUGUAAAGUCUUUCAAACUGAGGCCCUUGAGACCUGUGAACCAAACUCUGAAGCCUGUCCACCAACAGCUGCUCCCAGUGCAACAAGCCUAGUUCCUGCUACUACGCUGGUUCCUGUGAGCGACUGUCUUGGGCUCAUUCCUCCCAGAAAGUUCAAUGAAUCAUGGAACUUUGGAAACUGCCAGAUUGCCACUUGCCUGGGAGAAGAAAAUAAUAUUAAGCUGUCCAGCAUUACUUGCCCUCCUCAGCAGCUGAAACUCUGUGUCAAUGGUUUCCCAUUCAUGAAACACCAUGAUGAAACUGGUUGCUGUGAAGUCUUUGAGUGCCAGUGUAUUUGCAGUGGGUGGGGAAAUGAGCAUUAUGUGACUUUUGAUGGAACAUAUUAUCACUUCAAAGAAAACUGUACGUAUGUCCUCGUGGAGUUAAUUCAGCCCAGCUCUCAAAAGUUCUGGAUUCACAUAGACAACUACUACUGUGGUGCCACUGAUGGAGCAAUUUGUUCAAUGUCCCUACUCAUUUUUCACUCCAAUUCUCUUGUUAUUCUGACACAAGCGAAGGAACAUGGAAAAGAAACGAACUUGGUUUUCUUUAAUGAUAAGAAAGUUGUUCCAGACAUUUCCAAGAAUGGUAUCAGGAUAACCAGUUCUGGCCUUUACAUUAUAGUUGAAAUACCUGAGUUGGAAGUUUAUGUCUCUUACAGUCGACUUGCAUUUUACAUAAAGCUCCCUUUUGGAAAGUAUUAUAACAAUACCAUGGGACUGUGUGGUACAUGUACCAACCAGAAAUCUGAUGAUGCUAGGAAGAGGAAUGGUGAGGUCAUUGAGUCCUUCAAAAAGAUGGCAUUGGAUUGGAAAGUCCCAGUUUCUACCAACAGAUACUGUAAUCCAGGCAUCUCAGAACCAGCUAAGAUUGAAAAUUAUCAGCACUGUGAGCCUUCUGAACUGUGUAAAGUCAUCUGGAACCUGACUGAGUGCCACCACGUGGUCCCCCCGCAGCCCUACUAUGAGGCGUGUGUGGCCAGCAGGUGCUCGCAGCAGCGCCCCAGCACUGAGUGCCAGAGCAUGCAGACAUACGCAGCAUUGUGCGGGCUCCACGGGGUCUGUGUGGACUGGAGAGGGCAGACGAGGGGGCAGUGCGAGGCCACCUGUGCUCGGAAUCAGGUCUACAAGCCAUGUGGGGAAGCAAAAAGAAACACAUGCUUCAGCAGAGAAGUUGUUAUGGACACCCUCCCCUCACAAAACAACACACCAGUGUUUGUUGAGGGAUGUUACUGCCCUGAUGGAAAUAUUCUGCUGAAUGAACAUGAUGGCAUCUGUGUUUCUGUCUGCGGUUGCACUGCACAAGAUGGAUCGGUGAAACAGCCUAGAGAGGCUUGGGAGCAUGACUGUCAAUACUGUACUUGUGAUGAAGAGACCUUCAAUAUCUCUUGCUUCCCCCGCCCUUGUGCUAAAUCCCCACCUAUCAACUGCACUAAAGAAGGCUUUGUACGCAAAAUAAAACCACGUCUGGAUGAUCCAUGCUGCACAGAAACAGUCUGUGAAUGUGAUAUAAAAACUUGCAUUAUCAACAAAACAGCAUGUGAUUUAGGUUUCCAGCCAGUGGUAGCUAUAUCUGAGGAUGGUUGUUGUCCUAUCUUCUCCUGUAUACCAAAAGGUGUAUGUGUUUCUGAAGGAGUUGAAUUUAAGCCUGGAGCAGUGGUGCCAAAAAGCUCUUGUGAAGACUGUGUGUGCACAGAUGAGCAGGAUGCUGUGACGCAAACCAACCGCAUCCAGUGCAUCCCAGUGAAAUGCCAAACCACCUGCCAGCAGGGUUUCCGCUACGUGGAAAAGGAGGGUCAGUGCUGCAGCCAGUGUCAGCAAGUGGCUUGUGUGGCAAACUUUCCAUUUGGCAGUGUGACCAUUGAGGUUGGAAAGAGUUAUAAAGCACCAUAUGAUAACUGUACUCAGUACACAUGCACUGAAUCAGGGGGCCAGUUCUCCUUGACUAGUACAGUAAAAGUCUGCCUACCAUUUGAGGAAUCAAACUGUGUCCCAGGGACUGUUGAUGUGACUUCAGAUGGCUGUUGUAAGACUUGUAUCGAUUUGCCACAUAAAUGCAAACGCAGCGUGAAAGAGCAAUACAUUGUUCACAAGCACUGUAAGUCUGCUGCUCCGGUCCCAGUGCCCUUCUGUGAAGGGACGUGCAGUACCUAUUCUGUGUAUUCCUUUGAGAACAAUGAAAUGGAACAUAAAUGCAUUUGCUGCCAUGAAAAAAAGAGUCAUGUAGAGAAGGUGGAACUGGUUUGCUCUGACCAUAAGACACUCAAAUUCACAUAUGUGCAUGUGGACGAAUGUGGAUGUGUGGAAACCAAAUGUCCAAAGAGGAGAACAUGAGCAUAAACUAAAGGAUACAUUUCAGCUCCUGUUUCACGUUUCUCUAGCAAGUUAGUAGUUUAGAAAAGAGCUGUGAGUAACCUUCAAGUGACGGUACUUCUCUCCUUUGCCUUUUCUUUCUGAUAUUAUAUGCAGUUAUGGAAAUUAGCUGAAGAUUUUGCUCUAAAUGUCUGUAGAAUAAACUGCAUUUCAAAGGGAACUCA